ACAAAUAACGACAUUGCGGGGAUAGUUCGUGCUAGGUCACAGCCAAUCCAACCAGGAGUCCAUAAUCUUUAAUGUAUCGCUAUUGUCUUUUAUCGACAUUAAGCAAUAAUUAUCUAUACUAAGACAGAGGUCUAAGGGUUACAUACGAUGCUUCAGCUGAAUGACGCCGUGGAGCCAGAGAGCCCGGGAGCUGCAGUUCUGCAGACCGCGGAGACAGAGGAUGGAGUCGAGGUUGCCUUCACACCGCCAGGGGCCCGAGCAAGCCACGGAUUCAGUGCCUCUGUAGCCUGCUGCUCUCCGUUACAAAGACUCACACCUUUUCAUGUACACAACCCUACACUGCAAGCGAAAGUCAAGGAUUAUUUCGUUUUUAGACCGGGAACGAUAGAGCAGGCCGUGAAUGAUAUCCGCACUGUGGCCUUGCCCUCAGAGGAUGGAGAAGUCCUCAGUGUUUGGCUCUUAGCUGAAAUCGACCACUGGAACAAUGAGAAGGAGAGGCUGGUGCUGAUCACUGAGAGGUCUUUGCUGGUUUGCAAAUAUGACUUCAUCAACCUGCUCUGUCAGCAGGUUAUCAGGAUCUCCCUAAACGCAGUGGAUACCAUCUCGGUGGGAGAGUUCGAGUUUCCACCCAAAUCACUGAACAAGAGAGAGGGAACUGGCAUUCGUGUGCAGUGGGAUAAACGUCCCAGGCCCUCGUUCAUAAACCGUUGGAACCCGUGGUCCACAGACAUGCCCUACGCCACCUUCACAGAGCACCCCAUGGCUCACGCCGAUGAGAAGGUUGCGUCCCUCUGCCAGCUUGACAAUUUUAAAACCCAGUUGGUCCAGGCAGUGAAGAAAGCCCAUAAGGAAUUCCCCAUCCCUGGACGCGCCAACGGUGUGCUGAUCCUGGAGCGCCCACUCCUCAUCGAGACCUACCUGGGCCUCAUGUCCUUCAUAAACAACGAGGCCAAGCUGGGCUACUCCAUGACCAGAGGCAAAAUUGGCUUCUAAACCCCCUGGCCCCCCCACUCCCCAAAAAAACAUCAUCUCUGUGCAUUAUUCCAAUGUUUUCUCUGACAUUGCUGCUUCACACAUUCAGUAUGCGAACUCAGUGAAAACCCUUGGCGUGUUGCUUGUGGGUUUCUUGUUUUUUAUUUUGUUUUUCUCAGUGUUCAGAGUGUGCCCUCUGUAACCCACACAGUGUAACUUAGUGACACCAGAGCAUGUGUCUGGGUGUGCCAGUCUGAUGCUAAUCUACAUGCCCCUUUUUUUAAACGAUGCCAUCCUGCUUUCCCGGUCUCCCUCUAUAAAAAAUACAAACAAAAAAAACAGCCUUUUCACAGCCUCUUGGGUGUUUUUCAGGGUUUGAUGCUGUUGCAGUGUACACGUGCACACUGCUGAGUUUGAUACUGUAAUCCUGAUGCUGCUUGGGAACACAGAUUGACUUACCCUAACAUGAGCAUGUUUGGUCGACCAGGCCACACAGUCACAGCGUGACCGAUGUUGAGUGUGUUGUAGUGAUGUGAAACUCUGGCAGCUCCCAAGUAGUGGUAGAAAAUAUCCGAGUACAAAUGUCUGAACUGAAAAGAGCCAACCAAACAUUUUUGAUAAUGAAAUAGUUUAGUGAUGUUUAAAUGUAAUUGUCAAGGUUCAGAUUGUUAAAUUACAUUUCUCAGAUGUGGACAUUCUUACAGAAGCACCGGACAUGUGCCUAGGCCGAAAUCUGCAGCUGCCUCCAUUAAAGCACGACUAAGUAUCCCUGUCACCAGAGACAGAUUAAACACACAGGCGUCUGCAGGCAGAUCUGCAUGGACAAAUGAGUCAGGUUUUUCAGUCCCAUUGUUGGACUGAAACAUUAUAGACAUUAAACACUGAAGGGAUGAGUCAGGAGAUGCGAGUAUGUGUGGAACUGGCCCUGGAACUGUUAUUUUAUCAGCUGCUAAAUCUUGCUUCGUAUUAACCCUCUGAAGUGUUUUAGCAGAGAGAUGUCUAUGGCCUUGUCUCUUCAGAGGGUUUGGUCAGCAUUUGUAGGGACACUUGGUUCUGUAAAAACAUCUUUCUUUGACAUGCCUGGAUUUUCUGGUUUGGCCAAUCGGGCCAGGACUUUGGUAGCUUGGUAAGGACUUAUUACAGUCUACAGGACAAGUAUUUUGCCAAAUGUCUGGCAUUCAUGAAGUUUGAGUGUUUUGAGGUAGUUUCUUAAAAAGGCUACAUUAUUGAUAAUACUAUGUAUCUCUGCUAGAGUUUAUUUUGUUUGCCCAUCUCCCCAUGAGUUUUUCUCAGAUACAGUAAGCUUGUAAAGAUCCUGCUAAAAAAAAUAAUGCUCUGAUGCUCUGACCAGAAUUGUUUUUCUGAUUCAUGAAUACGGGUCCCAGGAUUGUUCUGUGUAUUUCCUAAUAUUUGUUUAUUUAUGUUUUUUUGGUAAUGUGUGUAUUAUUAUAUAUUUGCCCUCAUUUUUGUGCUAUUUGUGCUUUCACUACUAUGCAUUAUGUUGAGGUGGAACCAAAGUCCAAAUGAUGUCACGGUUGGAAAGUUGUGAGAUAUUCAGGCAUCUAAGACUGUAAUGCGUUUUUUGACCUUUUGUUUAAACUGCCAUGUAAAAUUUUGCAUGUGUGGUCUGCAUGCAAUCCCUCUGGUGUGAAAUGUCCUGUCCCAUAGCAAUGCAGAUGAAAUUUGUAGCCUCCAGUUGAUCAAGCACCUUUCUGUUAAAUUAUUUACAAAGUGUAAUUACUGUUACUGCACUGAAAUGAAAAUUUCCUUAGAGACAUUUUCUUAACUGCAUCUAAAUGUGUGUGGUCUUAUGUUGCCAAUGUCAAGCAAAGAUUC